AUGGAGGGCGGCGGGGGCAAGCCCAGCCUGCAGGUCGUUUACCAGGCCGUGCAGGCGCUCUACCACGACCCCGACCCCAGCGGCAAGGAGCGGGCGAGCUGUUGGCUGGGCGAGCUCCAGCGAUCGGUCCACGCCUGGGAGAUCUCCGACCAGUUGCUGCAGAUCCAUCAGGAUGUGGAGUCGUGCUACUUCGCGGCGCAGACCAUGAAGAUGAAGAUACAGACUUCCUUCUACGAACUCCCUACGGACUCCCACGCUUCGUUACGGGACUCUUUGCUGUCCCACAUCCAGAACUUGAAAGACCUGUCACCGGUCAUCGUAACCCAGCUUGCUUUAGCAAUAGCAGACCUUGCCCUGCAAAUGGCUUCUUGGAAAGGCUGCGUACAAACACUGGUUGAAAAGUACAGCAAUGAUGUUACAUCACUGCCCUUUCUGCUGGAAAUCCUCACGGUGCUGCCAGAAGAGGUUCACAGCCGAUCCUUGCGCAUCGGAGCCAACCGCCGUACCGAAAUCAUAGAAGAUCUGGCCUACUAUUCCAGCACGGUCAUCUCUCUGCUGAUGACGUGCGUGGAGAAAGCAGGCAAUGAUGAGAAGAUGCUCAUCAAAAUCUUCCGGUGCUUGGGGAGCUGGUUCAACCUGGGUGUCCUGGACAGCACCUUCAUGGCAAACAGCAAGUUACUGUCACUCCUCUUCGAGGUGCUGCAACAAGACAAGACGUCAUCAAACCUCCACGAAGCCGCUUCGGACUGCGUGUGCUCAGCCCUCUACGCCAUCGAGAACGUGGAGACGAACCUUCCCUUGGCCUUACAGCUUUUCCAGGGCGUCCUCACUCUUGAGAGUGCCUAUCACAUGGCUGUAGCACGCGAGGACCUAGACAAGGUGCUCAAUUAUUGCCGUGUUUUCACCGAGCUGUGCGAGACGUUCCUAGAUAAAAUAGUUUGUACGCCAGGCCAAGGGCUGGGUGACCUGCGGACGCUGGAGCUGCUGCUGAUAUGCGCAGGUCACCCGCAGUACGAGGUGGUAGAAAUUUCAUUUAACUUCUGGUACAGACUGGGGGAGCACCUGUACAAGACAGAUGAUGCGGUCAUCCACAGCAUCUUCAAAGCCUACAUCCAGCGCCUUCUCCACGCUCUGGCCAGACACUGCCAGCUCGACUCAGACCACGAGGGCGUCCCAGAGGAGACGGAUGACUUUGGGGAGUUCCGGAUGCGGGUCUCGGACCUGGUGAAAGACCUGAUCUUCCUGGUGGGAUCGGUGGAGUGUUUUGCUCAGCUUUAUGCGACUUUGAAGGACGGGAAUCCACCCUGGGAGGUGACGGAAGCUGUCCUCUUCAUCAUGGCCUCCAUAGCUAAGAGCGUCGACCAGGAGAACAACCCGACCCUGGUGGAGGUGCUGGAGGGGGUGGUUCGCCUCCCCGAGACGGUGCACACCGCCGUCCGCUACACCAGCAUCGAGCUGGUGGGAGAGAUGAGCGAGGUGGUGGACAGAAACCCGCAAUUCCUGGAUCCCGUGCUGGGUUAUUUGAUGAAAGGUCUGUGCGACAGGCGGCUGGCCUCGGCGGCGGCCAAAGCCAUCCACAAUAUCUGCUCGGUAUGCCGGGACCACAUGGCUCAGCACUUUAACGGGCUGCUGGAGAUAGCCCGUUCCCUCGACUCCUUCACGCUCUCUCCGGAGGCUGCUGUGGGGCUCCUAAAGGGGACAGCCUUGGUCCUCGCCAGGCUCCCCUUGGAGAAGAUAGCGGAAUGCCUCAGCGAACUCUGUGCCGUACAAGUGAUGGCGCUGAAGAAGCUGCUCUCUCAGGAGCCAAGCAAUGGCCUCUCCUCAGACCCUACUGUGCCCCUGGAUCGACUCGCUGUCAUAUUUCGACACACCAACCCCAUUGUAGAAAAUGGACAGAUCCAUCCGUGCCAAAAAGUCAUUCAGGAAAUCUGGCCCGUGCUGUCGGAGACCCUGAACAAACACAGUGCCGAUAACCGCAUCGUGGAGCGGUGCUGCCGGUGCCUGCGCUUCGCCGUCCGCUGCGUGGGCAAAGGCUCCGCCGCCCUGCUGCAGCCGCUCGUCACGCAGAUGGUGAAUGUCUACCGGGCGCACCAGCACUCCUGUUUCCUCUACCUGGGCAGCAUCUUGGUGGACGAGUACGGCAUGGAGGAGGGCUGCCGGCAGGGACUGCUCGACAUGCUGCAGGCGCUAUGCAUACCCACCUUCCAACUCCUAGAGCAGCCCAACGGCCUUCAGAACCACCCGGACACCGUGGACGACCUCUUCCGACUAGCAGCCAGGUUUAUCCAGCGCAGCCCCGUCACCUUGCUACGCAGCCAGGUGAUGAUCCCCAUCCUGCAGUGGGCCAUCGCCGCCACCACCCUGGAUCACCGGGACGCCAACUGCAGCGUCAUGAAGUUCCUGCGCGAUCUCAUCCACACCGGGGUGGCCAACGACCACGAGGAAGACUUCGAAGUGCGGAAGGAGCUCAUCAACCAGGUGAUGAACCAACUGGGCCAGCAGCUCGUCAACCAGCUGCUGCACACGUGCUGCUUCUGCCUGCCGCCGUACACCCUGCCCGACGUCGCCGAGGUGCUCUGGGAGAUCAUGCAGAUCGACCGGCCGACGUUUUGUCGCUGGCUGGAGAACUCGCUGAAGGGUUUACCAAAGGAAACGACGGGAGGAGCCAUCCAAGUCACACACAAACAGCUGACGGACUUCCACAAGCAGGUCACAAGCGCUGAGGAAUGUAAACAAGUCUGCUGGGCUCUGAGGGACUUCACCCGCUUGUUCCGAUAGCUCCUGCUCCGGCACGGCGCCCGUCUCCCAGGAAUGUCUUUUAAUUAGAAGACAGGAAACGAAGAAAACCAAGAAUGUGUCCCACAAUCAGCAAAGUUCAUCGUGGCCGAGG